CGUGCAGAGCAAUUGUUUAUGUGCGGAUGAUGGAGCUAAAGAAAAUGAAACCGCUGCUGGAUACAGAGCCGGAAUCCAACGAUAAUUCCGAGGAAAAUAAGUCCGGCAAGCGGCGUAAUCCAUUCAACACACAGCGUCUGAAGGAGGAGAAGGAACGGCGGCAGAAAAAGCGAGCGCGUCUGAUUGUACGCAACAUUAGCUACAAAUCUACGGAUGAGGCGCUGCGCCAGUAUUUUGGCCAAUGGGGCACGCUGGAAGAUGUACACAUCCUAAAGCGUGGAGAUGGCAAGCUGGUGGGCUGUGCCUUUGUGCAAUACGAGACCGUAAAUCAGGCAUCAAAGGCUAUUUUACACGCCAACGGCAAGGAGCUGCUCGGGCGCAAGGUCUUUGUGGAUUGGGCCAUAGGCAAGGAUGAGUAUGCAGCCAAGCAACAAAAAGAUGAGCCCGACGACAAGAAACCCAAGUUGGAGGUAAAGGAAGAAACUGAUGAAGACAAAACUGCAGCAGAAAGCAAGGCGAAAACGAUAGAGAGUGAAGACAAAUCAGGGAAAGAGUCUGAUGUAGAGGAGGAUGAAGAGCAGGAUGACGAUGAUGAUGACGAGGACGACAAUGAUGAUGAUGAUGAAGAAGAUGAUGAUGACGAUGGUGAUGAUGAUGAUGAUGAAGAUGACAAGGACAAAAAAGAUCUAAAAUCGAAGCUAGGCCAGUUGAAACAGGAGAAAACCAUUUCCAACGAUGUACAACAAGGCUGCACGGUCUUCAUUAAGAACGUGCCCUUCGAUGCAGAGGAUGGGGAUCUGCGUAAAGUGUGCCGCAAGUUUGGAGUGGUGCAGUAUGCGAUCAUUAACCGACAAGCAGUGUCCGGGCACUCGAAGGGCACAGCAUUUGUCAAGUUUAAGGCCAAAGAGUCGGCCGAUCUGUGUCUGCAGGCAGGCACCGAGUUCAAAUUGAUGGACGAGGUGCUAGAUCCACAUCCGGCACUCAGUCGCGAUGAAAUCAAAACGAAGCAAACACAAAACUCCAAAGACGAGACCACCAAGGAUUCACGUUAUCUCUACCUGGCCAGAGAGGGUCUCAUCAUGGCCAAUUCAAAGGCAGCCGAUGGCGUUUCCGCAUCCGACAUGGCCAAGCGACACGAGCUGGAGCAAGUGAAGACGCAAGUGCUAAAGAACCUGAAUCGCUUCGUAUCACGCAACCGCCUGUCCAUACACAAUCUGCCACUGAACUAUGACAAUGAGAAGCUCAAGCAAAUGGCGCUCACCUAUACGGGCUUUCGUCCGCACGAGUGUCGUGUGAUGCGCGACCAGAAGGUUACCCCAGAGCAUCCGCAGGGCAAAUCAAAAGGUUUUGGCUUCCUCUCCUUCGACACGCAUCAACGGGCAUUGGCUGCAUUGCGUAAACUGAAUAAUAAUCCCAGCAUCUUUGGCACACAGCACCGACCGAUUGUCGCUUUCAGCAUUGAGGAUCGCGCUGUGCACAAAAUAAAAGAGAAGCGCACCGAACGCUCCAAGCAAAACAAUCCCACAUACAAGUCUAAGCUGGAGCAGCGUAAGGAGCAGCGCAAUUUGAAACGGAAGGGUCAAAAGCCGACGCCCAAAACCUUGGCGCCACAAGGCGACAACAAGGCGAAGCUGCAGAAGCACAUCAAGAAACUGGAGGCUUCGCGUGCGGCCAAAGCAGAAGGCAAACAACAGCAGCCGAAGAAGUUAAGCGAUGUGGAGGCCGAUUAUGUCGGAACAGCGGCCAAGCCUGGCACCUCGCUGCGUAUGCGUUCCAAGAAGAAGAUAAUGGAGCAGGCGCAGGAGCACAUGAAACGUGUGAAGACAGAGAAGCGCAAACAGAAGAACAAAAAGAUACGCGAAACACAUCUGGCUGAGCGCAAGGCCAACAAUCGACCCAAACAAGGACGCAAAAAGGAAAAGGAUGAUCUCCGGCCGUUGAUAAACAAAUACAAGAACAUGAUCAGCGGAAACGAAGGCGGCGGCGGCGUCACAGGCGGCAAAGUGAAGAAACCCAAGCGUACCAAAUGGUACGCCGAUUGAGGUAGUCAACAGUCCAAAUCCUAGACGCCUCAGUUGUGUAUAUUAGCAAUUAAAAUUUAAGUGUGGGCAAAGUUGCAUCCUGCAAAUCCAUUAAAGUAGCUCGAACCUGAUGCGGAUACGUUGUAUGGUAAUAAACUUUGCUGAUUACUAAUGGAAACAAGA